GGGCGGGGCCGGAGGAGCCUAGGCCACCACCCCCUAGGCCCGGCGUGACAGCGGGAGAAGUGCUGCGAGCUCGCGUGAACUAUGGGGCUGCUCAGCAUCCUGAAGAAGAUGCGCCAGAAGGAGCGCGAGCUGCGACUGCUCAUGCUGGGCCUAGACAAUGCGGGUAAGACAACCAUCCUGAAGAAGUUCAAUGGGGACGAGAUUGACACCAUCUCGCCCACAUUAGGGUUCAACAUCAAGACGCUGGAGCAUCGUGGCUUCAAGCUGAACAUUUGGGAUGUGGGGGGCCAGACGUCCCUGCGCUCUUACUGGAAGAACUACUUCGAGAGCACGGAUGGCCUCAUCUGGGUGGUGGACAGUGCCGACCGCCAGCGUCUGGAGGACUGCAAGCGGGAACUGCAGAGCCUUCUGGUAGAAGAGCGCUUGGCAGGAGCCACCUUGAUCAUCUUUGCCAAUAAGCAGGACCUGCCAGGGGCCCUGAGUCCCAGUGCCAUCCAAGAGGCUUUGGACCUCGACAGCAUCCAGACCCACCACUGGUGUAUCCAAGGCUGCAGCGCUUACACUGGAGAGAAUUUGCUGGCAGGCAUCGACUGGCUACUGGAUGACAUCGCCAGCCGGAUAUUCACAGCGGACUGAGUGGCCGUGGGGGCAGGUGUACCCCACCACCCCCAUGCACAUGUGUAGCUGGGGACUCGGACUCCAUUUCCAUUCCCGGGCCACUCAGACGGCUGGUCCUGCCCUCUGACCUGGGAUGAGGUCUCGCCUUUGUGACGAAUCUGCCAGAUUGAAGUCUGGGGCAGGGACUGUUUCUGCUGAGCGUGGUCCUCAGACAGGUCUUGCCUGCGACGGAACAGUGACAGGGGAUGCUGGGGGCGGGGGGAAGAGGCUCCCUUCUCCCUGUUCUCUGUAUGGAAUUGUGUCCAAUGUAUAUCUUAAUAAAGCUGCUGCUGUGAUUCAAAGGUGUUUGUUUAAUAACUGUAGAGGCCUUUUCUUCCUUCUUCCCUGGCCACC